CCGGUGUGGGAGUUGGGGGCAAAUAAGUGGGGUUGGUUAGCUCAUAUACCGCUGCGAGGCGCUGGGGCGGCUCGCAGAUUCUGCCAGCCGGUGAUUUCUGAAGAUUCCAAGAGCAGGGAGGACGGGAUGGAGGAGAUGCAAGGCAGAUAGAGCGGGGCCCCGAUACUGGGAGAACGAGUGGCCCGGGUAGUCGGAGUUGGUUCUUGGAGGGAGUGAAGCAGAUGCGCGUCGUCUGUCCGCAUUGCCCAGGCGACCCGCCGGGAACAGGACUUCUAAAAGGCAAAUAUGUCUGGAAGACUGUGGUGCAAGGCCAUUUUUGCUGGCUAUAAGCGGGGUCUCCGGAACCAGAGGGAACACACAGCUCUUCUUAAAAUUGAAGGUGUUUACGCCCGGGAUGAAACAGAAUUCUACUUGGGCAAGAGAUGUGCUUACGUGUACAAAGCGAAAAACAACACAGUGACUCCAGGUGGCAAACCAAACAAAACCAGAGUGAUCUGGGGAAAAGUAACUCGGGCCCAUGGAAACAGCGGCAUGGUUCGUGCCAAGUUCCGAAGCAACCUUCCUGCUAAGGCCAUCGGACACCGAAUCCGUGUGAUGCUGUACCCCUCAAGAAUUUAAACUAACGGAAAAUAAAAGUGCAUUUGUGCUCUUGUAUUUUUUUAAGUGGCUUAAAAAACUUACU